GCGGAUACACUACUGCGAGCAAUUUCGGCUUCCAUUCGAUUUUUAUCGUGAUCUGAACCAUUUUUAGUGUUCGAAACAGCAGGGAUUUACUCCGGAAUUAUUGAACAUUGUUUGCGAUGGCUCUAUUUGUAAAGUCAUACGGCAGUCUGCAGCCAUAUACUUCAAAAAUAACGUAGUUCGAUACUGGGAGGCAGCAGAUUCUAGCUUUGAUGCAGAGGAGGAUAUAGAUCCAGGAAGGUGUCUAUCUGAUGAGGACAAAACUUUCAUCAGAGAACACAUCAUUGAUGCCGUUUGUGUUGCUGAUGAAUCGUACAGAACUCAACUUUGUAUUGCGGUUCAAGAGGUAGUGCGUGUCGAUUUCCCGAAAAAUUGGCCGGACUUUGCUGACAAACUUCUAGCAAAAAUUCGCCAAUCUCCUGAUGCUUCGACGUUGGCUGCGACUCUUCUUAUAAACUUACAAAUCGUUUUCCAGUUCUCGCUCAAUUUUCGAAUGCUUCCGGCAUCCAAACUUCAUGAUUGGAUCAAAUUUUCAAUUGAUAUACUUGAUCGAACCUGUCCAAAGGAGGUAAGUUUCUUUGUUAACAAGCUUGAUAGCAUUGAAGACAAGGAGGAACGUGCCCAUACUGUUUGGUGGAAGUGUAAGAAAUGGGCAGCAAAAUUACUUGAUAGACUCUUUCAAAGAUAUGGUUCUCCAAACUAUGUCGAGGAGCAUUAUGUUUCCUUUGCAAGACAAUUCUUAACAAAAUGGGUUCCUCUUGCUCUUCAAUCCUCACUGGCGAUUUUGAAUGCCCGUCGAAACAAUGUAUACGUGUCAGAUAGAGUAUUGUCACGCACUGAGAAUUCACGCGAAGUAGAAGGGGCUCUUCGAAUGCUUGGAGAACUUUAUGUUCAGUUAACAAAGAACAAGAAAUAUAAACACAACGUUGAACAAAUGCUGAAAACCCUCGUAAUCGAUCGUUUGCGAGACCCGUCCAAAUUUGUACGAGCUCGAGCAGCAUGGUGCAUCAAACAGUAUUCCGAGGCACGGUUCUUUUAUACGGAAACUCUUUCUAAGGUAAUCUUUUGUCUAUUUACUUUUUCCUAUAUUAUUGAAAGCCUAGUUCAAUGCCUUUGUGAUCCGAAUGAAGAAUUACCGGUGCAAGUUGAAUCUGCUUUAGCAAUUCAGUGUCUUCUUAAACAUCAAGACAAAGUUCAUGCCCUUGUACAUCCAUCAAUGGGCGUUAUUAUUCUGAAGGUGUUGGAAUUGCUAACAAAAACAAAAAUUGAGGAUGUGAUUUAUGUAGUUGAUGAAUUUCUUGAGCAAUAUAUCGAAGACGUUGUUCCUGUUGCCUCGGAGGUGGCUGAGCACUUGGUUGUAGAAGGUCAUAUGGAGAUUAUGGUGAAAGUUGAAGGAAGUGUUUUAAAGGUCAUUAAUGCAAUACUUGAAGUGAAAAAUUUUGAGUUCUACGAUAAUGUGGUGCUUCUUCUUCAAUCAAUUUUGCAAUCAUACGUAAGUGAGCCUAUGUGGGACGUUUUUGACAAGAUGUACAAUGUAUUCAAAACAUCCGAGAGCCUCACCGUACUUCCUUUUUCUGAACUCGGUCAAGUUUUGCAUUUGUAUAUUGUAACGGAUACUGAGAGCUUUCUUGCUUUCCCCCAUAGACUUGCUGCUGUAUUGGACAUGUGCAUUACAACUAUAAAGGUAGUGAUUGCUGCUUUAUACGUCAACCUUGACGUAACCUUACAAGCUUUUCAUCAAAUUGCUCCAAAUCACCCUAAUCUUCUAGAAUAUAUUUGUGACGAAUUCCUGACUUGUUACAAAAAAAUGGAAGGAAUCCAUAACAGAAGAAUGGCGCUUAUUGGAAUAUGCCUCUACUUUCAACUGCCACCGCCUGUACGACCAUCUCUCAUUUCUACGGAUCCUAAAAAGGUUCUUGAAGUCUCGUUGUCAAUUUUUGAGAACCUUCUACGAGCACAGAAAUUAGUGGCUCAGAAUAAGAACGAAGAAUCUGAUACUGAUGAUUCUGAUGAAGAAAGUGAUGACGAAGCCGACGGAAAUCUACCCAAAAAAGGCCAGUGUUACCGCAAAGUUCAUGAACCAGAACAUCUUUCUGACGACGAAGACGAGAUAGAUGAGAUGACAUUGGACUAUAUGGAUGCUAUUGUAAAAGAGGAUGGUCGGGAUGAUGGAGACGAUGAAGAUGGGGACUCGGACAGCGCCAUCGAGUCGUCGUUCUUUGAAGAGACUGACAGUGAGGCAUUCACGACAAAAUUUGAUGGAGAAAAUGGACUGGAUGUUUUCGUGUUCUUCAAGCGAACGAUGGAGGAAUUUGAACGAAACGAGCCGGAACUCUUUCUUAAAAUGGUUGGGAAUUUGAACCCUAAUAUGGCGGAGUCUUUGCAAAACCUUAUUAAGGAGUGCGAACAGCAUGCAAAAUCUGAAGAAUCGAGGAAGGUUGAACAGGCCGGUGGAUACAGUUUUGAUGCUGCGGCAGUUGUACCGGAAAGCUUCGAUUUUACACAAUGA